UGCUGAGAAGAAGACAGAAGGACGUGGGUCCUUCUAAUGUAACUAUGUGUGUCGGGUUAGUGAUACGCACCUCGAAGGAGAAAUUAAGACAGCACAUUGCCAUGUUAGUUCACACUUGCCAGUAUUUCAGCAUUUGUCAGGCAAUGGAAUGUUCAAGCGAAUUUUCCAUGAGGCUGACUUUAAAACAUUUCAUUUUAACCAUUAUGAUGAGAAGUCUUUCUAGAUCACUCCAUCAUUUGAUGGCCCAUGACUGAACCUCUCUUGGAUGUUUUCAGGGUCAUUAUUACGGGUGUUAAUGUUUGGUCUUCUGUUUUAAUACGUAGGCUCCCUUAGGGCCAUUGAAAUGUGAAGAAUCCUUCGUCUAUGAAGUGUCCCCACAUCAAAACUGCAUUGUGAGUGUUUAUAAUUUUGGCCUCUCUUACUGUGGCCUUAACUUGCAGGCCUGUCUGGAGCCCUCUUCUCUCCUUUCCCAGUUUGCAGAUGUGGCUGGGAAACUUGUUAGCAUCAAAUUGUUAAAAAGAAUGAGAUGGAUUUCAUAUGGGGCCAGUAGUCUUCCAUGAGCAAAGCUCAGCGUGAGGGCUUCGGACCCAUAUUUUGACUAUUCCGAGGUGCCCUUGCGCUUUUUGUUCUUUUUCUUUAUGUUCAAGGAGUUAUGUUUCCUGGUGAAUGAAGUAUCAGUAUAUCGUAGUAGAGAAUGAUUAGACCAGGUUCUGGAACACAGGAAACCUCAAGAAACAGUGAGUGUUGAGAAUGCCAGAGCUAAGAACUCAGACAUUUGUGAGGGAAUACAGGUCUUUCUGUUCAGAAUGCUCAUGUACUUAAGAAUCUUCUCGCCGGGCGCGGUGGCUCACGCCUGUCAUCCCAGCACUUUGGGAGGCUGAGGCGGGUGGAUCACCUGAGGUUAGGAGUUUGAGACCAGCCUGACCAACAUGGAGAAACCGUGUCUCUACUAAAAAUACAAAACUAGCUGGGUGUGGUGGUGCAUGCCUGUAAUCCCAGCUACUUGGGAGGCUGAGGCAGGAGAAUCGCUUGAAUCUGGGAGGUGGAGGUUGUGUGCCGAGAUGGCGCCACUGCACUCCAGCCUGGCAACAAGAGCGAAAACUCCGUCUCACACAAAAAAGAAAAAAAAGGGAAACAAAGGAAAACCAAUUCUGUGUCCUCGGAGGACCACAGCCCCGUUGGGCCCCAGGCGAAACCCAGCCUGGAGCUUGCAGGCAGGACGACUGUUCAGCACGCAGACCGCCGAGGACAAGGAGGAACCCCUGCACUCGAUUAUCAGCAGCACAGAGAGCGUGCAGGGUUCCACUUCCAAACAUGAGUUCCAGGCCGAGACAAAGAAGCUUUUGGACAUUGUUGCCCGGUCCCUGUACUCAGAAAAAGAGGUGUUUAUACGGGAGCUGAUCUCCAAUGCCAGCGAUGCCUUGGAAAAACUGCGUCACAAACUGGUGUCUGACGGCCAAGCACUGCCAGAAAUGGAGAUUCACUUGCAGACCAAUGCCGAGAAAGGCACCAUCACCAUCCAGGAUACUGGUAUCGGGAUGACACAGGAAGAGCUGGUGUCCAACCUGGGGACGAUUGCCAGAUCGGGGUCAAAGGCCUUCCUGGAUGCUCUGCAGAACCAGGCUGAGGCCAGCAGCAAGAUCAUCGGCCAGUUUGGAGUGGGUUUCUACUCAGCCUUCAUGGUGGCUGACAGAGUGGAGGUCUAUUCUCGCUCGGCAGCCCCGGGGAGCCCGGGUUACCAGUGGCUUUCAGAUGGCUCUGGAGUGUUUGAAAUCGCCGAAGCUUCGGGAGUUAGAACCGGGACAAAAAUCAUCAUCCACCUGAAAUCCGACUGCAAGGAGUUUGCCAGUGAGGCCCGGGUGCGAGAUGUGGUAACGAAGUACAGCAACUUCGUCAGCUUCCCUUUGUACUUGAACGGAAGGCGGAUGAACACCUUGCAGGCCAUCUGGAUGAUGGACCCCAAGGACGUCGGUGAAUGGCAACAUGAGGAGUUCUACCGCUACAUCGCGCAGGCUCACGACAAGCCCCGCUACACCCUGCACUAUAAGACGGACGCGCCGCUCAACAUCCGCAGCAUCUUCUACGUGCCCGACAUGAAACCGUCCAUGUUUGAUGUGAGCCGGGAGCUGGGCUCCAGCGUCGCACUGUACAGCCGCAAAGUCCUCAUCCAGACCAAGGCCACGGACAUCCUGCCCAAGUGGCUGCGCUUCAUCCGAGGUGUGGUGGACAGUGAGGACAUUCCCCUGAACCUCAGCCGGGAGCUGCUGCAGGAGAGCGCACUCAUCAGGAAACUCCGGGACGUUUUACAGCAGAGGCUGAUCAAAUUCUUCAUUGACCAGAGUAAAAAAGAUGCUGAGAAAUAUGCAAAGUUUUUUGAAGAUUACGGCCUGUUCAUGCGGGAGGGCAUUGUGACCGCCACCGAGCAGGAGGUCAAGGAGGACAUAGCAAAGCUGCUGCGCUACGAGUCCUCAGUGCUGCCCUCCGGGCAGCUAACCAGCCUCUCAGAAUAUGCCAGCCGCAUGCGGGCCGGCACCCGCAACAUCUACUACCUGUGCGCCCCCAACCGUCACCUGGCAGAGCACUCACCCUACUAUGAGGCCAUGAAGAAGAAAGACACAGAGGUUCUCUUCUGCUUUGAGCAGUUUGAUGAGCUCACCCUGCUGCACCUUCGUGAGUUUGACAAGAAGAAGCUGAUCUCUGUGGAGACGGACAUAGUCGUGGAUCACUACAAGGAGGAGAAGUUUGAGGACAGGUCCCCAGCCGCCGAGUGCCUAUCAGAGAAGGAGACGGAGGAGCUCAUGGCCUGGAUGAGAAAUGUGCUGGGGUCGCGUGUCACCAAUGUGAAGGUGACCCUCCGACUGGACACCCACCCUGCCAUGGUCACCGUGCUGGAGAUGGGGGCUGCCCGCCACUUCCUGCGCAUGCAGCAGCUGGCCAAGACCCAGGAGGAGCGCGCACAGCUCCUGCAGCCCACGCUGGAGAUCAAUCCCAGGCACGUGCUCAUCAAGAAGCUGAAUCAGCUGCGGGCAAGUGAGCCUGGCCUGGCUCAGCUGCUGGUGGAUCAGAUAUAUGAGAACGCCAUGAUUGCUGCUGGGCUUGUUGACGACCCUAGGGCCAUGGUGGGCCGCUUGAAUGAGCUGCUUGUCAAGGCCCUGGAGCGACACUGACAGCCAGGGGGCCAGAAGGACUGACACCACAGAUGACAGCCCCACCUCCUUGAGCUUUAUUUACCUAAAUUUAAAGGUAUUUCUUAACCUGA